CCUAACUGAGUUGUACAAGAGUUGCUGGGAAGUAGCGGCGCGCGUUCUUACUGGACUACACUGCCCAUGCAUCUCUGCAGCCGCGACAUCUGCCGCAGCCGCCCUCCACCACAUCGGCUAUGGUACGGGGGCGAAGGAGAUGAGGCUCCGCAAUGGCACCUUCUUAACUAUCCUCUUCUUUGGUCUGUGCGCCUUCCUCUCUCUAUCAUGGUAUACCGCCUUCAGCAGCCACAAAGGAGCUGUUGUGGAUAUUUACCAAAGAGAGUUUCAGGCUCUCCAGGACCGCCUGAAUGUAGCAGAACAAGAGAACCAAAAGCGUUCCAAGGAGCUGAAUCUUAUCUUAGACAAGAUUAAGAAAGCCAUAUCUGAGAAGCAGACUCUUAGAGAUAUCAAUAAAACAUGGAGCAGUUUGUCAGAUGAAACUAAAGUGAAGUUGUGGAACAUUACCAACAAGAAUGUGUUACAGUUGCCCAGCAUCUUCCAUCAUUUACCACAUUUGCUUUCCAAAGAAAACAGUCUUCAACCUGCUGUCCAUUUGGGGCAGGGGCGUACAGGAGUGUCUAUAGUUAUGGGAAUCCCAAGUGUAAAACGAGAAGUGCAUUCCUACCUAACAGACACACUAAACUCCCUGAUCUCUGAGCUGAAUCCUGCAGAAAAAGAGGACUGUGUUAUCGUAGUGCUCAUUGCUGAGACGGAUGCUGAAUAUACCAACAAAGUUGCAGAUAGCAUUCAGAAUAUGUUUCCAAAGGAAAUCCAGUCAGGGCUACUUGAAGUAAUUUCUCCUUCACCAAACUUCUACCCUGACUUCUCUCGUCUGCGAGAGUCAUUUGGAGACCCCCGUGAGAGAGUCAAAUGGAGAACGAAACAGAAUCUUGAUUAUUGUUUCUUAAUGAUGUAUGCACAGUCCAAAGGGACCUACUAUGUUCAGCUUGAAGAUGAUAUUGUGGCAAGGCCCAAUUACCUAAGCACAAUGAAGAACUUUGCCUUGCAACAGACAUCAGAUGAGUGGAUGAUCCUUGAAUUUUCUCAGCUAGGAUUUAUUGGGAAGAUGUUCAAAUCUGUGGACCUCAGCCUUAUCGUAGAGUUCAUUCUCAUGUUUUAUAAGGACAAACCAAUUGACUGGUUGUUGGAUCACAUCCUGUGGGUUAAAGUCUGUAACCCUGAAAAGGACGCUAAACACUGUGACAGACAGAAGUCAAACUUGAGAAUCCGUUUUAAGCCGUCACUCUUCCAGCACAUUGGAACUCACUCUUCAUUAGCUGGGAAAAUACAAAAAUUAAAAGACAAGGAUUUUGGUAAACACUCCUUACACAAAGAACAUGCCAAUCCACCAGCAGAGGUCACUACAACGCUGAAAGCUUAUCAGCAUUUUACUUUGGAAAAAGCAUAUCUAGGGGAGGACUUCUUUUGGGCAUUUACUCCUGUUGCAGGUGACCAAAUUCGUUUUAGAUUCUUCAAACCAGUCAGAGUGGAAAGGUACUUUUUCCGCAGUGGGAAUAUUGAACAUCCAGAAGAUAAACUAUACAAUACCACAAUAGAUGUCUUACCAUUUGAUAAUCCUCAGUCUGAAAAGGAAGCCAUGCCUGAAGGUGUAGGGAUAACACCCAAGUAUCAACGGAUGAAAGAUGGCUAUCUACGAAUAGGCUCUUUUUCUAAUGGUAUUGGUGAAGGAGAAGUUGAUCCCUCUUUUGGACCACUGGAAGCUAUACGUCUCUGCGUCUUGACAGACUCACCUGUGUGGGUGAUCCUCAGUGAGAUAUUUAUUAAAAAGGCUGAAUGAAGUCUGGAGAAAGGUGUGAAGAAACCUCAAAACUGUGCUGUCCAGCUUUGGCUGACUCAUUCCCCAACAUUCGGUGGGGAGCUGCUAUCUUCUUGACUUAAAUAUUCCGCAGGCGAUAGUGGUGCAGAUUUUAGGAAACCUGAAGAAUGUAAUAAACCAAAUCCUGUUCUGCUGCCUUCAAUCAAGACUUUUUUUCCCUGCCUUUGAUACUACUGUAUGGUGAAACGCUCUUCCUGUCAAGGAGGAAAGCAGAACAACGUAGAUGCAGUUGUUAAAAGAAUGACUAGAUAGGCCCACACUGUGUGAGGAGUUCUGAACUGUAAUUGUAAAAAUUAGUUGUACAUAUAAAUAUAUAAAUAUAUCUAUAUAUAAAGCUAUGUACAUUAAGCACAGUAUACCCUUUCUAAGGUAUUUUAAGUUUGCGAGUCUCAGAGCUGGAUUCUAUUCUGCGUUUUAGAAAGAGCACCUUAAAGCUUCUGCAUUUAGUACAUGACAGAUGUUUGUUUCCAUUUUUAUUUCUAUUUUUUUAUGUGCAGUUUUGAGCUAGUUUGCUCUACUGUAGUCCUUUUUCUCAAGGUACUUUACAGCUUGUCAUUUGGUAGUAGACAUAGAAAGCAUGGCUCAGUUUAAAAAGGCUGCCAGAUGUCAUUAGCCUAGUGAUCACCUGUGAAACCUGAGUCAUGCACAUAAGAAUUUUGAUUUGGACAGUGAAACUGCAGUAGUGGUAUGAUUUGAAAUAUCAGUAAUAAAUAUACCAAUGUGCUGGCUUCAUGAUGCAAAGGGAUAAACUCCUGCCUGUGCUCUAGAUGGCCUGGCCUGAGUGCUGUAUUGGUGGGAGAUGGGAGUUAUGGGAAUAAGGUGAGCAAGCCAGGUAGAGGGAUUUCGUUAUGUCCUUCUUUAGGAGUACCUUUGGAAGAUGUAGAGGUUCAUCCCACAGAUGCAGUGACAUCUGAAUACAACUAGAUAUGUGAACUGUAAGUGAAAGCUUGCACAAACACCCACAGGUGGGUUCAGCAUGGCAUCUGUUGCGCAAUAGUUUGCAUACUAACAGAGGGUGGGUUGCAGGAAAAUGGCACAAAUAUUACCCAGAUGGGAUAAUGACCAUGACCCAUUGAGCAUGUGCUUUUCAUCAUGUACUCUGUAAUGCUGAGAAAUGGCAGUUUUGGAGAAUAAGGCUUAAUGGUCAGAUGGUAAAAACAUGGGGUCAAAUGAAUAAUACUUAUUGUACUUGACUUAAUAGCAUUACAGACUGGGAAGCUAUGGAUACAAGAGUGUACUUAAAAAAGCGUUAGAGUGGGAAUUCUUGGAGACAGGAGUGAACUUUUCCAAACUGCUGUGCAGUUUGGAAAACAAGCUGUAAAGUAUCCUUAAUUUAAUAAAAUGCACUGUACGUAUAAUUCAACUUCAGACAUGUUUUUCCUUUUGUAUUGGCAGCUUGAUUUUUAUCAGCAUUUAGAAUUACUGUCUUUUGCCCGUACCUCUCCGUAAACAAGGGACAUGAUUGAAAUAACUUUCUCAAUUGUGAGACAGCACCAGUUAAAUGAACGAUAAGUAAUAAUGCUUGUUUGUAAGUAAAAAAAGAUUAUGGGCCACCAGGGUACUGUUGUAAAUGAUCUGUGUAAACCUGUAAUGUCUGCCUUGCAAGUAGCUAUGCUUUAUUCUAGAGUAGGUAGCCAUUUUGCAAAAACUGGCUUUACACAGUACCUGGUUUCUGAUUACUGUUCCUGAGUAUUCUGCACUGAAUCAUUUAAUAAGCUUUUCAUGCUUUAAAGGUCUUGCACUUUUUUGUAUUCUGAACAAUGUGGAGAAUCAGAUCUAUAUUCUGGAUAUAAAUAAAAGUAGUAAGCAAUGGCUUCACAUGCUCAGCAGUGUGAUAACUGUUAAAAAAAUGUAAUGGAACUGCUAAAAAAAAGAUGGAAAAUAUAGCUGCGAAUUUCCUUCACAAAUUUGAAUGAAUGUAGUUAAAAUCCCUCAGGUGUAAAGAUUACUUGACCACAUCUUAUGGCAACAAUCAGGCUUUAGCCAUUUACUGUUAUGUUUGUGAGUCUGCUUUACAUUUUUUUGUUCAUAUUUUCAAUUAUUUUGACAAAAUACACUGGAAUGGGUUAUUAUAAUAGUAUGCUGCAAUUUUGUAUACAGUAGCAAACAUUUUAAAAUUGUUCUCUUGUUAAAAUCCUUAAUAAAUUUUGGAUCAGUUUAUAUUAUUUUA